AUGCAGUUUAUGGAGCCCACAGUCACAGUGACGAGUAUAAUGGAAUCAAAAUCAUCAAUACCUGCAACUUCAACAGAGAAAACAAGAGAAUCUACAACUUCAACAGAGAAAACAAAUGCAGCAUAUACAACCUUAACAGAGAGCACAGGCGAAACGACUGCAACGGAACCUACAGCAUCCACAAUAAGAACUAAUGAACUUACAAGUUCGACAAAGCUAAAAACCGAAUUAUCAUCAGUUACUGAACUUACAGAGGGAACAACUAAAUCAACAGAGGAACUUACAUUCCCUACUGAAUCUUCUUUAGUCUCCACAGAGAGGACUAGUAAACCAUGGCCUACAACUAAAUCUACUGACUUGACAGAAAGUACGACUGAAGCAGUUACAGCUGAAACUGCAACCUCGAUAGAUGCGACAAGAGUUACAAAUAAACCUAUAAUCUCAACCGAAACAGUAUCAACUGAAUUUUUAAUAUCGACCAAAAGGGUAACUGAUUCUACAUCUACCACUGAACCUACAACCUCGACAGAGAGGACAGCUAAAUCAUCAGCUGCAACUAAUGAAGUCUUGACUGAGAGUACAAUUGAAACAAUUACAGCUGAACCUACAAUCUCACUAGAGACGACACGUGUAUCAGCAACAAAUGAAUCUUCAUCAUUUACAGAGAGCGCAACUGAAUCAACAGCUACAAUUUCAACAGAGAGAAAGACUGAAAUAACUACAACUGGAUCUAAAACCAUAACAGAGAUUUCAACAGAGAAAAUUACUGGAAAGGCAGAACCUACUACCUCGGUAGAAAGGAUGACAGAAGCAGGUACAAGUGAUGUUACAACUUCCACAGUGCCCACAGAAUUAACAGCAACCCCUGAAUCUACAAUCUCAACAGAGAAGACCGAAACAGCUAUGGGUGAGCAUACAAUAUCAACAGAGAAGGCGCUCGAAUCAGCAUUAACAACUGAGCCUACGACUUUGUCUACAACUACUAUAGAAGGUACAACCUUGUUAGAGAUAACUAAAUCCACAACCACAUCUGAGUCUUUAAACUCGACGCAAAGUAUAACGGAAUCAACAGUAAAAACUGAUCAGAGGACAGCUGAAUCAACAUCUACUGUAUCCUCAGUCUCCACAGAUAUGAUUGAAUCAACAGCUAGAACUGAACCUAGAACCUCGACAGGGAGGAUAAUUGAAUCAUCUACUGGAACUGAAACUGCUGUCUUGGUAGAGAGUACGACUGAAAGAAAUACAGUUGAACCUACAACCUCACCAGAAACUACAAGUGAAACAGUUACAAAUGAACCAACAACUUGGACGGAGAGGGCAACAACUACAAUUGAAUCUACAAUUUCGACAGACAGAAUAACUGAAACAACUACUACUGAACUUAUAACAAAGAGGGAGACUGAAUCAGCAGCUACCACUAAACCUACAACCUCAACAGAAAGGAUGACUGAAGCUAAACUCUCCACAAUGAUCACAGAAAAAUCAGCAAUACCUGAGUCUACAAUCUCGACCGAGAGGACGACUGACACAGCUACAGUUAAGUCUACAACAUCGACCGAGAGAGCGAUUGAAUCAACAUUUACAGCUGAGCCUAUGACUUUGUCUACAACUACAACCAAACGUGCAACCUCGUCAGAGAUAAGCAAAUCCUCUGCCACAGCUGAACCUACAAGCUUGACAGAAAGGAUAACUGAAUCAACAGAAACAACUGAACAAGAAGCCUCGGCAGUGAAAACAACAGAUUCAACGGCAACAGGAGAAUCAACUAAAGCAUUAUUAUCCGCAACAUCGACGGAAGAAAUGACCACAGAGCCAAAAGAGCCCACAGUCACAGUGACGAGUAUAAUGGAAUCAAAAUCAUCAAUACCUGCAACUUCAACAGAGAAAACAAGAGAAUCUACAACUUCAACAGAGAAAACAAAUGCAGCAUAUACAACCUUAACAGAGAGCACAGGCGAAACAACUGCAACGGAACCUACAGCAUCCACAAUAAGAACUAAUGAACUUACAAGUUCGACAAAGCUAAAAACCGAAUUAACAUCAGUUACUAAACUUACAGAGAGAACAACUAAAUCAGCAGACGAAACUGAACUUAUAUUCCCUACUGAAUCUUCUUCAGUCUCCAUAGAGAGGACUAGUAAACCAUGGCCUACAACUAAAUCCACUGAUUUGACAGAAAGUACGACUGAAGCAGUUACAGCUGAACCUGCAACCUCAAUAGAUGCGACAAGAGUUACAAAUAAACCUAUAAUCUUAACCGAAACAGUAUCAACGGAAUUUUUAAUAUCAACCAAAAGGGCAACUGAUUCUACAUCUACCACUGAACCUACAACCUCGACAGAGAGUACAGCUGAAUCAUCAGCUGCAACUAAUGAAGUCUUGACUGAGAGUACAAUUGAAACAAUUACAACUGUACCUACAAUCUCACUAGAGACGACACGUGUAUCAGCAACAAAUGAAUCUUCAUCAUCUACAGAGAGUGCAACUGAAUCAACAGCUACAAUUUCAACAGAGAGAAAGACUGAAAUAACUACAACUGGAUCUAAAAUCAUAACAGAGAUUUCAACAGAGAAAAUUACUGGAAAGGCAGAACCUACAACCUCGGUAGAAAGGAUGACUGAAGCAGGUACAAGCAGCGUUACAACUUCCACAGUGCCCACAGAAUUAACAGCAACCCCUGAAUCUACAAUCUCAACAGAGAAGACCGAAACAGCUAUGGGUGAGCAUACAAUAUCAACAGAGAAGGCGCUCGAAUCAGCAUUAACAACUGAGCCUACGACUUUGUCUACAACUACUAUAGAAGGUACAACCUUGUUAGAGAUAACUAAAUCUACAACCACAUCUGAGUCUUUAAACUCGACGCAAAGUAUAACGGAAUCAACAGUAAAAACUGAUCAGAGGACGGCUGAAUCAACAUCUACUGUAUCCUUAGUCUCCACAGAUAUGAUUGAAUCAACAGCUAGAACUGAACCUACAACCUCGACAGAGAGGAUAAUUGAAUCAUCUACUGGAACUGAAACUACUGUCUUGGCAGAGAGUACGACUGAAAGAAAUACAGUUGAACCUACAACCUCACCAGAAACUACAAGUGAAACAGUUACAAAUGAACCAACAAUUUGGACGGAGAGGGCAACAGCUACAAUUGAAUCUACAAUUUCGACAGACAGAAUAACUGAAACAACUACUACUGAACUUAUAACAAAGAGGGAGACUGAAUCAGCAGCUACCACUAAACCUACAACCUGGACAGAACGGAUGACUGAAGCUAAACUCUCCACAGUGAUCACAGAAAAAUCAGCAACACCUAAGUCUACAAUCUCGACCGAGAGGACGACUGACACAACUACAGUUAAGUCUACAACAUCGACCGAGAGAGCGAUUGAACCAACAUUAACAACUGAGCCUAUGACUUUGUCUACAACUACAACCGAACGUGCAACCUCGUCAGAGAUAAACAAAUCCACUGCCACAACUGAGCCCACAAGCUUGACAGAAAUGAUAACUGAAUCAACAGAAAUAACUGAACAAGAAGCCUCGGCAGUGAAAACAACAGAUUCAACAGCAACAGGAGAAUCAACUAAAGCAUCAUUAUCCGCAACAUCGACGGAAGAAAUAACCACAGAGCCAAAAGAUAUAACAAUGGUAUCAGCGUCAACCGCAGCUCCAUUCACUUCCACAACAGAGCCAACAGUCACGAUGACGAGUACAAUGGAAUCAAAAUCUUCAAUACCUGCAACUUCAACAGAGAAAACAAGAGAAUCUACAACUUCAGUGGAGAAAAUAAAUGCAGCAUAUACAACUUCAACGGAACCUACGGCAUCCACAAUAAGAACUACUGAAUUUACAAGUUCGACAAAGCUAAAAACCGUAUUUACAUCAGUUACUGAAGUUACAGGGAAAACAACUAAAUCAGAUGAAACUGAACUUACAAUCCCUACUGAAUCUUCUUCAGUCUCCACAGAGAGGACUAGUAAACCAUGGCUUACAACUAAAUCCACUGACUUGACAGAAAGUACGACUGAAGCAGUCACAGUUCAACCUGCAACCUCAAUAGAUGCGACAAGAGUUACAAAUAAACCUGCAACCUCAACUGAACCCAUAACCUCGACAGAGAGGACAGCUGAAUCAUCAGCUGGAACUAACGAAGUCUUGACUGAGAGUACAAUUGAAACAGUUACAGCUGAACCUACAAUCUCACUAGAGACGACACGUGUAUUAGUAACAAAGGAAUCUUCAUCAUCUACAGAGAGCGCAACUGAAUCGACAGCUACAAUUUCAACAGAGAGGAAGACUGAAAUAGCUACAACUGGAUCUACAACCACAACAGAGAUUUCAACAGAGAAAAUUACUGGAAAGGCAGAACCUACAACCUCGGUAGAAAGGAUGACUGAAGCAGGUACAAGUGACGUUACAACUUCCACAGUGCCCACAAAAUUAACAGCAACCCCUGAAUCUACCAUAUCGACAGAGAACACUGAAACAGCUAUGGCUGAGCAUACAGUAUCGACAGAAAAGGCGAUCGAAUCAACAUUAACUGAGCCUACGACUUUGUCUGCAACUACAAUAGAAGGUACAACCUUGUUAGAGAUAACUAAAUCCACAGCCACAUCUGAGUCUAUAAACUCGACAAAAAGUACAACUGGAUCUACAACCACAACAGAGAAGGCAGCUGAAACAACCAAUGAAACUUUAACAUCGAUAGAGAGCAUAACUGAAUCAACUACUACAACCAGAUCUACAUUGUCAACAGAGAAAACUUCUGGAAAGGCAGAACCUACAACCUCGGUAGAAAGGAUGACUGAAGCAGGUACAAGUGAAGUUACAACUUCCACAGUGUCCGCAGAAUUAACAGCAACCCCUGAAUCCACUCUCUCUACAGAGAAGUCUGUAACAGCUAUGGGUGAGCAUACAAUAUCGACAGAGAAGGCGCUCGAAUCACCAUUAACAACUGAGCCUACGAAUUUGUCUACAAUUACUAUAGAAGGUACAACGUUGUUAGAGAUAACUAAAUCCACAACCACAUCUGAAUCUUUAAACUCGACGCAAAGUAUAACGGAAUCAACAAUAAACACUGAUCAGAGGACAGCUGAAUCAACAUCUACUGUAUCCUCAGUCUCCACAGAUAUGAUUGAAUCAACAGCUAGAACUGAACCUACAACCUCGACAGAGAGGAUAAUUGAAUCAUCUACUGGAACUGAAACUACUGUUUUGGCAGAGAGUACGACUGAGAGAAAUACAGUUGAACCUACAACCUCACCAGAAGCUACAAGUGAAACAGAUACAAAUGAACCAACAACUUCGAUGGAGAGGGCAACAGCUACAAUUGAAUCUACAAUUUCGACAGAGAGAACGACUGAAACAACUACUACUGAACUUAUAGCAAAGAGGGAGACUGAAUCAGCAGCUACCACUGGACCUACAACCUCGACAGAACGGAUGACUGAAGCUAAACUCUCCACAGUGAUCACAGAAAAAUCAGCAACACCUGAGUCUACAAUGUCGACCGAGAGGACGACUAACACAACUACAGUUAAGUCUACAACAUCAACCGAGAGAGCGAUUGAAACAACAUUAACAACUGAGCCUGUGGCACUGUCUACAACUAGAACCGAACGUGCAACCUCGUCAGAGAUAAGCAAAUCCUCUGCCACAGCUGAGCCUACAAGCUUGACAGAAAGGAUAAUUGAAUCAACAGAAACAGCUGAACAAGAAGCCUCGGUAAUGAAAACAACAGAAUCAACUGCAACAGGAGAGUCAAGUAAAACAUCAUCAUCCACAACAUCGACGGAAGAAAUAACCACAGAGCCAAAAGCGUCGACUGAAAGAACGACUUCAACGACAGGUUCACCCAAGAUAUCAAGCUCGACGGAUGUACAUACAUCUGCAGCUGAACCUACAGCUUUGACAAAUAGGGUAACAAAAUCAACAUCUACAGCAGAAUCAACAUCUAUAACAGAAUCAACAUCUACAACAGAAUCAACAUCUGUAACAGAACCAACAUAUGCAACUGAAUCAGUAUCAACAUCUGUAACAGAAUCAACAUAUGCAACUGAAUCAGUAUCAACAGAAACCGCAUCAACAACUCAGGCAAUACCUACAACAAAAUCAACAACUACAACAGAAUUACCAAUAAAAUCAGUAGACACAUCGACAAUAGAAAUUACAACACAAGCAAAACCUGAAUCUACAGCGUCAGAGGAAACAACUGAAUCGAGAGAAAUAACAAGUGAAUUUGCAGCAACUACUGAACCUAAAACGAAAACAGAAUUGACAGUAACAGCAGUACCUGCAAUAUUAACAGGAGAGAUAACUACGCAAGCAGAAAAAUCAACGACUACAUCUGAAACUACAACCUCGACAGACAGGGUAACAAAAUAUACAAGCAGCACUGAACACACAACUCCAACAGAGAUGAAAUCUGGAUCUAUGGCUACAACUGCCCAUACCCUCUCAUCAGAGAUGACUUCUGAAACUAUAGUUACAACUGAGCCUACAACUUCGAUAAAAGGGACAACAGCUAUAAUGUCACCUACAAGUUCAGCAGGAAAAACUUUAGAAUCGACUAUAUUUACAAGCAGUGAUGAACGCAUGACUCCAACAAAGGAGAAAACAAAAUCAACAGCUGGAAUUGAAGAUACAUACUCGACAGAAAGGACAACUGAAUUUACAUUUACAAUUGAAACCAAAGCGUCGACUGAAAGAACGACUUCAACGACAGGUUCACCCGAGCUAUCAAGCCCGACGGAGAAAAUAGGUGUACCUAAAUCUACAGCUGAACCUACAACUUUAACAAAGAGUGUAACAAAAUCAACAUCUAAAACAGAAUCAACAUCUCUAACAGAAUCAACAUCUACAACAGAAUCAACAUCUGCAACAGAAUCAACAUAUGCAACUGAAUCAGUAUCUACAACAGAAACUGCCCCAGUAUUUACAACAGAAUUUACAAUAAAAUCAGUAGGCACAUCGACAAAAGAAAUUACAACUCAAGCAAAAACUGAAUCUACAGCGUCAAAGGAAACAACUGAAUCGAGAGAAAUAACAAGUGAAUUUGCAGCAACUACUGAACCUACAACUGUGACGAAGAAGAUAUCAGAAUCGACAGUAACAGCAGUACCGGCAAUAUUAACAGGAGAGAUAACUACGCACACAGAAAUCUUGACAGAGAGUACAAUUGAAACAGUUACAGCUGAAGCUACAAUCUCACUAGAGACGACACGUGUAUCAGUUACAAAGGAAUCUUCAUCAUCUACAGAGAGCGCAACUGAAUCGACAGCUACAAUUUCAACAGAGAGGAAGGCUGAGAUAUCUACAACUGGAUCUACAACAACAAUAGAGAUUUCAAAAGAGAACAUUACUAGAAAGUCAGAACCUACAACUUCGGUAGAAAGGAUUACUGAAACAGGUACAAGUGAAGUUACAACUUCCACAGUGCCCGCAGAAUUAACAGCAACCCCUGAAUCCACAAUCUCGACAGAGAGGACGACAGAAACAGCGUUAACUGAGCUUAUAAUACUGACAGAAAAGCCGAUCGAAUCAAUAUUAACAACUGAGCCUACGACUUUGUCUACAACUUCAAUGGAAGGUAUAACCUUGUCAGAGAUACCUAAAUCUACAGCCACAUCUGAGUCUAUAAACUCAAAAGAAAGUACAUCUGGAUCUAUAACCACAACAGAGAAGGCAACUGAAACAACCAAUGAAACUUUAUCAUCGAUAGAGAGCAUAACUGAAUUAACUACUACAACCAGAUCUACAGCGUCAACAGAGAAAACUGGAAAGGCAGAACCUACAACCUCGGUAGAAAGGAUGACUGAAGCAGGUACAAGUGACGUUACUUCCACAGUGCUCACAAAAUUAACAACAACCCUUGAAUCCACAAUAUCGACAGAAAGGACCGUAACAGCUAUGGGUGAGCAUACAAUAUCGACAGAUAGGGCAAUCGAAUCAGCAUUAACAACUGAGCCUACGACUUUGUCUGCAACUACAAUAGAUCAGAGGACAGCUGAAUCAAAAUCUACUGCAUCCUCAAUCUCCACAGAUAUGAUUGAAUCAACAGCUAGAACUCAAUCUACAACCUCGACAGAGAGGAUAACUGAAUCAUCUACUAUAACUGAAGCUACUGUCUUGGCAGAGAGUAUGGCAGAAAGGAUAACUGAAUCAACAGAAACAACUGAACAAGAAACCUCGUCAGUGAAAACAACAGAAUCAACGGCAACAGGAGUAUCAACUAAAAUAUCAUUAACGGAAGAAAUGACCACAGAGCCAAAAGAUAUAACAACGGUACCAGCUACUACUGCAACUGUCACUGAGAAAGAUCAUACUGAGAGAAGUUAUAAAACAAUCACAGGCUAA